AUGGAUCGGAUUCCGACUACAGACUCUCCGCCCAGCAGCCUAACACAGCCAGCGCCACUGAUCGAAGACUUACUUUUCGAAGGAGAAGAUGAUCAAGAUUGGGGCGAUUUCGUCGACUCCGAUGAAGAGCCCGAUGUCGAAUUUGCAUGUGAAAAUAUCAACUUCUACCCUAGAGGUUUAUGCUAUUCAACCUCAAUCGGUGAGAUUAUCGUCGAGCGAUAUCGCAUCAUCCAUAAACUUGGCCAUGGCGCUUUUUCAACGGUUUGGAUGGCGCAGGAUAUGCUGGAAAACAGAGACGUCGCGCUCAAGAUCUUGAUGCUGAGGAAUCCCGACGACCGUGAUUAUGACAUGCAGAGCGAGAUAAUUGGCAAAGCAAAAGAUUUGACCUAUCUGUUGGUCUAUCAUCGAACAUUUCUGCUUACCAGUCCUCAUGGCCAACACCGCGUCUUUGUAUUUCCUCUCCAAGGACCAAACUUGAGAAAUCACCCACCCAGAAAAGCCCCCAUUGCUACAAGGAUGGCAUUUGCAGCACAAUUACUCCAGGCCUUGAAGGCACUACACGAGGCUGGAAUAGUUCAUUCGGACUUAAACACUGCCAACAUAAUGUAUACCUUUCGGUCCCUCAACAGUAGUAUAUCUGAAAAGUACAAGCAAAUCGGGCGACCGAGGAAGAUGAAACUAUGGACUGAGCAGUGGAAAGAUGGCGAACUGGUAAUGCCAAUGAAGCCAAAAGAGGAACUUAUAGGAGACUCCAUUGUCCUUGAAGACUUUGGUCUUGCUCAUAGAGCUGGUGCUUCGACUCAAAAGAUGCAGUCACCUGCUACCUACUGCGCUCCUGAACGGGUACACAACAUCAGCCCGUCGUAUGGCUCUGAUAUUUGGAGUUACAUGUGUAUCUUCUUUGAACUAUACACAGGAUCGUAUCUGUUUCAGGGCUGGGGACAUGCAUCAGUGGUGUCAUCUAUCGUUCAUACUCUUGGUUCCCUUCCAGACUCUUGGAAGGGAGCAUACCACAUCGGUGGCUCGGGUGAGGAUAAGUGGUAUGACAAAAAUGGGCAAAUAGAUCCAGAGUUUGAUCUGAUGGAGAGGCUCACUCAGCUUCGCCCUGAUGUUGAUGUAAGAGAACUGGAGCUGGUAGUGGCGAUACUACGAAGGGGUCUUGUCUACCAACACGAGAAACGGAUCACAGCAGCAGAGCUUCUAGAGAACGACUCAUUCGAGAAACUUAUGAGUAUCUAUACACAAUAA